UCCAAAAUGGCGGACGAGAAGUGUUCUCACGCCAGGAUGCUCCUUCAACUUGCUAGAUCUCUUGGCAUGAUAAAACCGACACCUUGGCUAAAGGUGAGUCGGCUGCUAAACCUGUGCCCAACUUUAUCCCGCGGAACUCUGAAGCUGGACCAGCGAGGACAAGAUGCAGUCAUUGCGCUGGGCGUUUACUUCCUGGAGUCCGGCCUGCAGUACAAGGACAAGAUUCUCCCCUAUCUUCUGAGUGUGCUGCAGGGGCUAUCCAAGGCCCAGUGGGUGGAGGGACCUCGUGGUCUCAACAAAUACAAGCUGCCAAUGCCGGAGUGUUUCAGUUUCUGCCUCAACACCAUCCUCAGUGAUGUGGCCUUUCGUGAUGCAGAACUAAAGAAUCAGAUUAUCUCAACCCAGUUGGAUGUGAUGGAGGUUCUCACUAAACUGUGUGAAGGAGCAUUUGAAAUUCCUAAAGAAACACUAGCUUCAUCAAUUGUCCCAAUACUCAUCGGUAUGGCACGAGCUGUUGGACGUUCCAGUGAUGAAGAGCGUCCUCUCAUAUCCUACGUCCUCUCCAUCAACACGGGGAAGCCCUACCCAGUACAAGAGGACAACAAUCCGACAUCCAAGCGAGCUUUCAGCACAUUUCGGCCAAUCCUGCCCAGAACACUCUCGUCUCUUGUGAUAAGCUCAGACAGCCCUAGUCCCACCAGCCCCUCCCCAACAAACCUGGACUACGUGGACGGCCAUCGGGAGAGGUCUCCGUCGCCUCUGUCUGUUUCCAUGAGGGAUGGGUUGAACGUAGAGGACAAGGUUGAUCCUGCUUCAACAUACUUCAACAAAGUGGGAUCAAGCUUUACUCGGACGAAACCGUGGGGAUUUGAAAUUAUCCCAGAACAAGAUCAUUUGCCAUUUUCCAGUGCCCAUUUGCAGACGCUGGUCAGUGUGGCAAAGCGGCUGCUGGGCAAGGAGGUCUUGAAGAACCUGGACACAAUGGUGCACGACGUCCUCACGGACUCCUCACUCAAGUGUAUCAACCUGUCCCGGUUCCCAUACAAGUCUUACAGUGAGACCAUCACUGUUGUCAUCGUCACUCUGCUCCGAGAUGUGCUGGAACAGGAAAAAGAUCUGCCGCUGUCCUUCAUGAAGGAGAUUGAGGAUUUCGUGAAGAUGUUGUACCAGUCAGGUCAGCAUGACCUUGAGAAGAAGCACGCCCAUGCCCACAAGGAGCAGGACAAGGUGUGGGACUUCAACCCCUACCAGCUGACGGUCUAUAGUAACGCUGCGUGUGUCGACCUGCUCUUCUGGGCCAUCAGGGGGGAGUCAGAGGCGGAGAACCUGUGCAUGAAGCUGAGCGAGAAGAUCAGUAUGAACACCGAGAGGAAGCUGCUGCUGUCUCACACGCCUCUCAUCCUGGUGGCACUCGAGGCUAUAGGCAAGCUGGCGGUGAAGUUCCCCAACCUGGCCAGCACAAUGGUGUCCACGCUGCGAGACUUCCUCGUCAGCCCUUCGCCCAUCCUCAGUAAGCUGAACAAGUACGCUUCGGCAGAGAGUGGGUCUGGCAGCAUCAAGAUCACGGUGACGGAUGAGAGCAAGACCGCAGUGACCACGCCCAAGAAGAAACCAGAGAAAAACAAACUGCUAGCCACACUUGAGAACCUUCGCGACAACGCAAUACAUAACAUCUGCAGGGCCCUGAAGGCCGGCCUCCAAGAGGACCCUGACUGUGUCCAGGCCUUCCUGGCCUCCCUCUCCAACAGGCUGUACCGUGCCGAGAUGAGUGACAGAGCUGUGAGCAAGUCUGCAGAGGUCCGCUGGCAGCAACUGAAAAUGGUCUUGAAAUUUGUGCGCCCCAGCUCAUCUCAAAUCAGCCCCAAGGAUGUAGACAGGGAGUCGACUCUGAUCUCUACCAACACGAUCCUGACCCUGGGGCACCUGGCCGUGGGGUUGAAGGACAUCCCCAAGACCGUGGAGUCCAUCCUCCAGAUCUUCCUGCAGCGCUUCUGCUCCCCUCCCUCCCCACUGGAUGUGCUCAUCGUGGACCAGCUGGGCUGUAUGAUCAUGACGGGAUGUUCCGGGAUCUACCAGGAGGUGUUGAGUCUGUUCAGCCAGAUCAGUGUGGAGAGCAGCUCCCCCUACAGCAGGGACAAGGAUGAGAAGCUGAGGGGCUACCGACAGGUGUCUCAGUCGGUGAUCAACGCCUUCGCCAACAUCGCGGCCAACAUCCAGGGUGAGAGUGAGCAGCAAGACUUGCUGGGCCGCCUGCUGGAGCUGUUCGUACAGAUGGGGCUGGAGGGCAAGCGGGCCAGCGAGAAGAUCUCCGAGACAAUGAAGGCAUCAAGCAGUGCUGGGAACCUAGGGGUGUUAAUCCCUGUCAUAGCUGUGUUGACAAGAAGACUGCCCCCAAUUCGAGACCCCAACCGCCGCCUCCACAAGCUGUUCCAGGACUUCUGGCAGUACUGUGUCGUGAUGGGCUUCACCGAGGAGGAGUCAGGGUUCUGGCCCCAGGACUGGUACGAGGCGGUGUGCGAGAUCUCCACCAAGUCACCGCUGCUGAUUGCAAGAGACCAUCUCCGUAAGGAGCUGAAGUACAGUGCUGCUCUCCGCAACGAUACAGUUGGUCAGGCUGAUGUGAAUGGGUUUCGGAUGAAGAUCUGCACAGUCCUGGACAACCCACCAGAAGUGGUGCCCAUCAUCAACCGACUGAGCUUUGCCCAGCUGACGUACCUCAUGUCCGUCUACAAGUUGGAGACACUCAGAAUUAUGCAUUCCAAUGACCUGUAUGCAUUCCACGGUCUGUUUGAGUACCUCCAGGACAAGACCCUCUUCAAAGACAAAGACAGCAUGUGGCAGUGUAUCAUGAUAGUAGCAGAGAAAGUGUUCGAGAGAUUUCUGGAUGUCAUUGCUGCCAGGCCUCGGACAGAGGAACGUGAAAGAGAGUUGGACAUCCAUGCCCAGUUCUUGCUGGUCAAGUUCAACCACAUACAGAAGGCCAUCCGACGAGUAGCAGACAAGUUCCUCUCCUACCUUGUGGACAGGUUUCCACAUUUACUGUGGAGCGGGACGGUGUUGAGGACGAUGCUUGACAUCCUUCAGGUGCUGUCCAAGUCUCUCGAGAUGGACCCCCACCAAGAUGCUCCCGAAAUGCCCAUCCCAAACACCAGGUACAAGCUGAGAGUGAUGGACACCAUGGUUGACAGAGAGACGACGGUGAAGGAUUUCGCAGCUCGCAGUGCCGGCAUCCUGCAGGAGUCGAUGAAGUGGGCGCCCAACGCAACGCGGUCCCACCUGAUCGAGUACCUCCUGCAGCAGGACAACUCCUCGGAGGGGCUGUUCCAGCACAGCGGGCUCGCCCUCGCCACGGAGAGCGUCCUCAACUACGCCGGCUACAACCAGAAUGCUGCUCCACUGGGGACAGCCACACUGGACCGGCGGCCCACCUGCGUCAACACGGACAGCUCUAACUUCAUGGCAAACCUCAGUCUCCGAAGCAGAUACCUUGGAGAGGUGUCGGGGAUGUUGAGCAUCAGUGAGAGUGAGGAGGAACUGGCCAAGACACUGUGCAAGAAACUGGAGGCGGCACUGCUGGACUCUAAGUCAGAUGAGGCUUGCAAGCAGGCAAUGCUCCGAAUCUGUUCACUGCAGAUUACUACAAAAAACUUGAGUCGACAUCUUCUCCAUGCCCUGUGCUGGACACCAGUGCGUCACUUCAAGGAGAAGAUAAUGGAGAUCAGUGUUGCAUGCUGGGAGUGGUUGUUGGCUGCCAGAUCAAACCUUGCCAUAGAGUUGUUGUGUGAGAUGGCCGCUGCUUGGCAGAUGAGUAUUGACCUGAAACUGGGGAUAUUUGAGGAGGACACGCCCAUUCCCGACCCCCUGGCGCGUCGGGAAGACGAGAUCCUGUCGCCCAACCCGCCCUAUGUCAUGCCGCACCAGAUCUGGACGAAGUUUCUAGCGGAGAGACUUGAGAUCGCCAAGUACAGCAAUGCCUCCCAAGUGGACAUCUUCCUGACUCUGCUGAACAAGUCUCUCCCGGUCAGUGUGGGCAAGAAGUCCGGCAUCAUCUCCAGACACACCGCUGCCAUCGGACCCAGAGUUAGACUUCUGUCAAUGGGUCUGUCCCUCCUCCAGGGUGAUCUGCUUCCGAACACGUCCGCCAAGAGUGUUCUCAGAGAACGCAUCUACGCCUCCACUCUUGACUUCUUUUGCGGCCCCAUCAUUUGUCCGUCACAGAAGGGGUCUGACCUGCGGGAGGACAUCAUCACCCUCAUCAAGUUCUUCCAGCUGAUUCAUGCAGACAAGAAGUAUCUCACUUCCAAUGUCAUGACCUUUGGAUACGAGGAGUCUGCCAGCACUGCCAACACUCUGACAAUCAGCGGCAUGGCUACCGACAUGAGAUCCCAGACCGGAAGCUGGAUGAACACCAUCAAGAGCGGGUCGUCCACUUACUCCAAGAGAUCUGCAAUCGUAGGCGGCCAGCGUCAUUCUAUUGUGUUUGGUCUUCACGGUCAUAUAGAAACACGCGCCACCGAUCUUGAGUUUUUAUAUGUCGGUGCCCGGAAGAACCAUGCAGCCGGUACGAGCCUCGUCAAGGACUACAUGAGGAAGAGGAACCUUAUUCUGUCCCUUGUGUCCAGCACUGUGGAUGCCCUCAUCACCCACCACAACCCCCUGGAGCUGCCCGAGAUGAAGAUCCCCGACGAGGAGAAGAUCACUGCCUGGAGGAUGUCGCCGUUCACGGAGAAACAGUGGCGGGAGACGGCCAGGAUAGCGUGGGACAUUUCCCCAGCCCUCGCCGUCUUUCUUCCUUCUCGGUUCCGGCAGUCGGAAGCCCUAGUGAAGGAAGUGACCCGCCUGGUACGGACCAACCCUGAAGCUGUAUGUCACAUCCCAGAUGCCCUCAGCUUCCUCGUCACCGCCCAGAGUGUGGAGGCUGAUGCGCCUGAGCUGACUCACAUGAUGACCUGGGGAAUUGUCUCCCCUGUCCUGGCGCUCUCCUACUUCUCCCGGCUGUACCCCCCACAUCCCCUCACGGCCCAGUUCGCUGUUAGAGUUCUGCGAUCUCACCCAUCUGAAGCCUUGCUGUUCUACAUACCACAGAUAGUCCAGGCACUCCGAUACGACCCGAUGGGCUACAUGUAUGAGUUCAUCAUGUGGGCCGCCAAGACCUCCCAGCUGUUGGCCCACCAGCUGCUGUGGAACAUGAAGACCAAUAUGUUCAUGGACGAGGAUUCUACCAUCAAGGACGAGGAGAUUGGAGACAAGCUGGAGGCCCUGAUGACUGAGAUCACAAAAUCCUUAGCAGGUCCUGCCCUGCAGUUCUAUGAGAGGGAGUUCGACUUCUUCGGGAAAAUCACAGCCAUUUCUGGAGAUAUUAGGCCGUAUCCCAAAGGUCCAGAGAGAAAUGAAGCAUGUUUGAAGUGUCUGAGUAAAAUCCAGUUGCAGCAAGGGUGCUACCUACCUUCAAACCCCGAAGCUAUCGUCACUGAGAUUGACAAGAAAUCUGGCACACCCAUGCAGAGUGCUGCGAAAGCCCCGUACCUGGCCAAAUUCAGGGUGAAGAGGUGCGGCAUCCAUGGCCUGGAGAGACUGGCCCUGGGGGACAACCAGGCCCUUGCCAAGGACUCCGUGGUCCCCGAAUACUGGCAGGCCUGCAUAUUCAAGGUCGGCGAUGAUGUCAGACAGGACAUGCUGGCGCUCCAGGUGAUAGGAAUGUUCAAGAAUAUCUUUGAGCUGGCAGGACUCGAACUCUACCUAGCUCCCUACAGGGUUGUUGCCACAGCUCCAGGGUGCGGGGUCAUCGAGUGUGUGCCGGACAGCAAGUCACGUGACCAGAUCGGGAGACAGACCGACAUCGGCAUGUAUGAGUAUUUCAUAGCCAAGUAUGGAGAUGAAUCUUCACCGGAGUUCCAAGCUGCCCGACAUAACUUCGUUGUCAGCAUGGCUGCCUACAGCAUCGUCAGCUACCUGCUGCAGAUCAAGGACAGACACAAUGGAAACAUCAUGCUCAACAGCAAGGGACACAUCAUCCACAUUGAUUUUGGCUUCAUGUUUGAGAGUUCCCCGGGAGGAAACCUCGGCUGGGAGCCGGACAUCAAGCUGACCGAGGAGAUGCUGAUGAUCAUGGGUGGCACGAUGGAGGCGCCGUCCUUCCAGUGGUUCAUGGAGCUGUGCGUGCAGGGAUACCUUGCUGUCAGGCCCUACCAGGAGGCAAUCAUCUCCCUGGUGUCCCUCAUGCUGGACACGAGGCUGCCGUGUUUCCGCGGACAAACCAUCAAGCUGCUCCGGAGCCGCUUUGCCCCACAGGCCAACGAGAGAGAGGCUGCCAACUUCAUGCUGAAGAUCAUCCGAGACUGCACCCUCAACUGGCGUGGUCGCACCUACGACAUGCUACAGUACUAUCAAAACCAGAUUCCGUAUUGAUUCACUCAGCGUCUCAGAAUUUGGAAUCCAGCAGUGCAAGACUCUGCUAGACUCUGUGUAUACAGUGUAUAGAUAUUUAUUGCAGUGUGUGAAGUCCCUCGAAAUGUGGAUUCUCUCCUGUUGCCUGUUAGGCCAUAAUGAACUGAUUGCUAGAUUAUGAUCCCCACCCGACUCACGACUAACCCCCCCAACAAAUUAAUUUUAUUUGUCCGAGUAAAAUGUGUAAUCACUUUAACGACAUCAGCUGUCAAACGGCCAUUUCCAUUCGUGACCAACUCGUGUUAUUCCGGGACAAGCCGAAUAGCGCAAACGGGCAUACCUAAAACAAUUGUCAACUCGUUGCGUAAUGGUUCACAUAUAUUUCCCCAUAUUAUAUAUAUUUCAG